GGAAGAUGUUGGACUCCAAGUGACAACUUUCGACAGUAUUGUAUUAAAUACAAGUGAUGUCCCACCUCACUCAUCUUAGCACUUAAAGCAAUAUGAUCAGCAGCACAAAAUCUUAAAGUUCUGAGAUGGCUGAUAAGACGAACUCAGGGUCAGUUGAAACAGGGCAGUCUGCGAAAUCUGCACAGCCCUGUGCCAAACAGAAAUAUCGCAGCAAAUCCCACUUACGGGGCCUUUUAGAUGGGCUUCUGGCUUUACGUGAAGGGGAGCUACUGUUUGAUGUGGUGCUGUUGGUAGAGGGGAAGUCCAUCCAAGCUCAUCGGAUUCUUCUGGCAGCCUCCUGUGACUACUUCAGAAGCAUGUUUGCUGGCGGAUUGCGAGAGAUGCAGCAGAAUGAAAUCCACAUUCAAGGAAUCACACACACAGCCAUGACCAAACUCCUGGACUUCAUUUACACGUCUGAGCUGGAGCUGAACCUGGACACGGUGCAGGAAGUGCUGUGUGCUGCCACACUCCUGCAGGUCAAGGAUGUGAUUGGCUUUUGCUGUGAGUUCCUCUUCUCCUGGCUGGAUAAUGACAACAUCCUGGAGGUCGAAAAGCUCGCUGACAUUUAUGGGCUGGAUCAGCUCGGGGAAAAGGUGCACUCAUACCUUCUGAAGAACAUCCAGACUUUUUCACGCACGUCGUUCUACCGCCAGCUGCCGUCCGAGAAGGUCCUGCUCCUGCUGUCGAGCGACGAGCUAGAGGUGAGCUCGGAGAAAGAGGUGUUUGAUGCUGCACUGCACUACCACUACAGUCCUGAGCUGGUGGAGAAGGACCUGUCGUGCAUUAAGGAGCCCAUGCCGAUGAUGGAGGCUGUGCGGUUUUGUCUGAUUGAAAAGGCCUUUCUGCAGUUCAUCUACGAGCUCUUAAAGCCAUGCACGCUGCGAGAGUCAGUCAGCGCAGCCCUGCGCUAUCACGCCAGUGAGCUUUGGCAGCCGGUCAUGCAGACCCGGCUCACUCAGCCACGCUCCAAAUGCCACUGCAUUCUGGGAUUUGGAGGCAUGUACUCAUCAGGAGCACUGGCCGACAACGACGAACGCUUUCAGGUGUUCCACCCAUCCUGGGAGGCUUGGCACAGUCUCGGGGGAAAUAGCGCCCCCCGCAUGUCCAACAUGGGCAUUGCAGUGCUGAAUAACUUUGUUUACCUGGUCGGUGGAGACAACAAUUCGAGCGGCUUCAGGGCUGAAUCUCGGUGCUGGAGAUACGAUCCACGUCACAACAGCUGGUGUAAUAUCUCACCCCUGCAGCAGCAGCAUGCUGACCACUGCGUUUGCGUUGUGGACAACUUCAUCUACACCAUUGGAGGUCGCGACUACACCAAUGAGCUGGACUGUGUUGAGCGAUAUAAUCCCCGAACCAACACCUGGGAGUACAUGGCCGCACUCAAACGAGAGGUGUAUGCCCAUUCUGGAGCAGUGUUGGAUGGGAAGAUCUACAUUGCGUGUGGGCGUCGAGGAAUGGCCUACCUGAAGGAGACGUACUGCUAUGACCCUCGUGCCAACCAAUGGAGCGCGUGCUCCGACGGCCCUGUGGAAAGAGCCUGGCAUGGGAUGGCAGCACACUGCGGACGAGCUUAUGUCAUCGGGGGCAGCAAUGAUGGCUGCAGCUACAGACGGGAUGUUCUGAAGGUGGCGUGUUAUAACCCAGCUGAGGAUUCCUGGUCUGUAGUGUGCCCUCUCCCAUCAGGGCACGGUGAGCCUGGCAUAGCCGUGCUGGACGGCCAGAUCUACGUACUUGGUGGUAGGUCACAUGACAAAGGGCACCGCAUGAAGUAUGUGCACAUCUACGACACUGAGCAGGACUGCUGGGACAGCGGCACAGCUCUCGAGAACCAGGUGUCAGGUCUGUCGGCCUGUGUGGCACUGAUGCCUAGGAACACCUUGGCACAGGCAAAAAGUACCACACUGAGACCCAAAUCGUCCUGGGAGGAUGUGGAUUGGGACGAUUUAGACAAUUCCAGUGAUGAUGACUGAGCAGGACGGUUUGGAAAUUGCUAAAAUACACAACAUCUGGGGUAUAAUGCAGGGGAGUGGGAGUUACCCGCUGAUACAUGCUUGUGUGUACUUGCUUUUGGAUUUAAGUCAAACGUAGGGUUAAGUGGCUAGCACUUUAAACAGCAUCAUCUUGCGAAACAGCAUCAUCUUUUUAGUGCACAGAAGAUGCAUUGUUCCGGGGUUAUCUCAUGCCACAGUUUGAGGGCCACUGGUCUGGGUUCUUAUAAAAUAAUUGGCACUUUAUAGAUUACUGUAUGCUUUGUACUUACACUCCUGGACCUUUUUAUCAGUUACCUUAAUCAUAUAAGUGCACUUUGUAGGUAUUCAGGUUCUAACUGUCGUCUUAUCUGCAGCUCAAAACUUGUCAUGUCACAUGUACUCUAUGUAUUAAUGGGAAUGGGCCACUCUGGGACCACCACUGACCAAACAUAAGUGGUCAACGAGGCCACAGAGCACUGACACAGUGAUGACUCAUGCAUGACAACGUUUAUCUGAUUAUAUAAGUGCUCAUGUUAACAAUAUACACUGGAAUCUUUCAUUAAAAUUGAACAAAUGUUAACAAAUGUAAGAAAUCCAAUAAUGCUGGAUUGCUGGGUGUUAAUCUAGUAAUUGGAUUGAUUAGCACACGUCUAACCUCACUCAAAUAUUAUUGGCCACAUUUAAAUUGAAAUGCGUACUAUAGAACUAAGUUAAGUGUUAAAAUGUGGCAUUGCUUUAAAAAGGACACUUUUU